AAUUAAAAUUUGGCGAUUUGAAUCAUCUGGUCAACGGCAAAUAAAAGGUCAAUUAUUUUGUGGUCAUUUCCUUCUCAGCAAUCUUUUUUUGCUUUACUAUCCCCAACAAUAAUUGUACCUCCUCUGUUCUCAACAUCUCAAUUUCUACUUUUUCUUCCACCGGAAAACAUGACGGAAGCCGGCGGUUGCGGCCGGUGCUGCUUCAGCUUCAUCUUGACUUCCGGCUUCACAGCUCUGUUCUUAUGGCUCAGCCUCCGCACCCACAAACCCAAAUGCUCAAUCGAAUCUUUUUACAUUCCUGCGCUAAAUCAGUCCCUAAAUUCCUCCUCAGAUUCCACCGUCUUCUUCGAUCUGCGCCUCAAAAACCAGAACAAAGACAAGUCCGUCUUCUACGACGCCAUCAAUCUCAACCUCACCCUCGUCGACGGCGGGCGGCGGCCGGUCGGCAACUUGACGGUGGCCGGAUUCCACCAGGGCCGCGACAAGAAGGCGUUCAGGAAGGGGCAAGUCGAGGCUCGUGGAGUGGAUUGGAAGGCGGUUCGGCGGAAUGGAUCGGCGGUUUUCCGGCUGGAUUUGGCGACGGCGGUCAGGUACAAGAUCUUGUUUUGGAAGACGAAGAGGGAUAAUUUGAGGGUUGGGGCAGAGGUCAAAGUCAACGCCCAGGGUGCCAAGGAAUACCCGCACGGGAUUACGCUCAGCUCCGGCGCCGCCGUGGCCGGCAGAUCGCCGGCGGGAGCUCUGUGGAGCGUUGGGGCGUUGAUAUUGUGGAAGUUCUGGUGAAAUUAGGGGUUUGUUUUACUAUUUUUUCUUCUGCUGUUAUUGACCGGAAUGUUGGGCGGCGUUAUUUGAUUCAUCGGAACUGUCUCCACCGCCGACGGCGGCGAAGCAGAUGUAGAGGGAGAGUUUAAUUUUUUUAAGGGCUUUUUGGAGAGAAGUUUGCUCUGUUAUGGUUCCUAAUUUUUAAUUUAGUUUACAAUCUUUUAAA